AGUCUUCCACGUGCUCCUGGGGACUCUCUCCCACAUUGUCCUCUCUCUUCCCUCUCCACACCCUUACUUCAAUGCAGCAAUAAGCUAAUAUAUAAUUAUAUUUUUAUUUUUUUGUUCACUCAAUUACACUCUCUGACUAUCUAUGCCCCUUUUCUUUGUUUGUAUCUCUAUCCUCUCUGAAAAGCAAAAUUGCAAAAAGGCAUUCAAGGUAUGAAAAAAGAGUAACAGCAACAAGAAAGAAAACUAGAUCAUUGGAAUCAAACAACAUUUCCCCAGAAGCCAAAAGAAGAUUAUGAUGGAAGGAAUCAAAGGAAUAGUAGUACCUGGUGGUGGUGGUGGUGGAAGAGUUGGUGUGGGUGAAGAAGACAUGGGAGAUGGAAUGCAAUGCAGUGACCAUCCAUACAGAAACAACCCAGGUGGGAUCUGUGCCUUUUGUCUUCAAGAAAAGCUUGGCAAGCUUGUAUCUUCAUCUUUUCCAUUACCUAUUCGUGGCUCUUCCUCUUCUUCUUCAUCUCCUUCUUUUAGAUCUGAUAUUGGUAAUGCUGGUGCUUGUGUUGGUGCUGGUUCUUCUUCUUCACUCUCAAUCCGACCGUCAUCAUCAACAAGAGGAGUCAAUGAUGGUGGCAACAAAGAUAGUCAUUUUCAUCAUCAUGAGUAUUACAAUACUAGGCGGGCCAGGAUCCCUUUUCUUUUGGCUAAGAAGAAGAAGAAAGUUACAUCAGAUCGUGGUGGUGCAGCACCUGCGGAUAUUGUUUUCAAGCGAAGCAAGUCCACUGCAACUCCUAGGAGAAGAAACCAGUUCUUGAAUGCUGAGGAUGGUGAUGAAGACUUUAGCCCAAGAAAAAGAGGUGGCUUUUGGUCAUUUCUCUACUUUUCUACUUCUUCUUCAUCAAAGCCUAGUGGUUCCAGGACAACGGACAGAAGCUUCAGAGACGACAAUAGCAACAGCAACAGCAACAGCAACUCAAGGAUAUCAACUUUGACAACAGGGCCAACAACAAAUGGUUCUAACAAUAAGCAGAAAGAGAAGUGCCAUCUUGGGUCUUCUUCUUUGGGAAAGAAAAGUGACAUUGUGGAAGAUGAUGAAAGUCCUAAUAGCCAAGCCACUGCUUCAGCCUCUUCCUUUGAGCGUAAAGUUUCAAGAUCCAGAUCUGUUGGGUGUGGAAGUAGGAGCUUCUCUGGUGACUUCUUUGAGAGAAUCUCAACUGGGUUUGGAGACUGCACUCUAAGAAGAGUGGAGUCUCAGCGAGAGGGCAAGCCCAAGUCAACCUCUUCAGCUGUGCACAUGAAAGAGAGAGUCAAGUGUGGUGGACUGUUUGGUGGGUUUAUGAUAACUUCUUCAUCUUCAUCCUCAUCUUCCUCUUCUUAUUGGGAUCAUAUGAAUAAUAAUAAUGGGAAGUCAGCAGUGGGUGCAGGAGGGAGCACUAGUGCUAGUAGUCUUGUUCAUGGUCGAAGUAAGAGCUGGGGUUGGGCAUUUGCUAGUCCAAUGAGAGCUUUCAGCAAGCCUAUCUCUAAAGAUGGGAAAAGGGAUAUUAUCAGACAAGCUUCAGAUAAGAACACCAACCCAAACUUGGCUGCAAUUCCUUCCUUAUUGGCUGUGAGAGGCUAGAGAAAAUUAGUUUGUGCCUUUUAUUGAUUAAUACAACAUUACGUACAUGUUAAUUACUUUGUCUAUUUCUCUAUCUCCAUGUUUAUCUUUAUUGGUGUCAAUUCCAUUAGUAAUGUAACACUUUUUGUUUCUAAUCUUCUUUUGGUUCCAUUUUCAAAUUAUUUUCGUUUGCAAUGGAUUGCUUAGAAAAGGAGAAGAAAUGCUACCUAUUCACUA